AUGCCACAGCUUACAGACAAAGUCGCCAUUAUCACUGGGGUUUCCUCAGGCAUCGGUCAUGCAACAGCACUCCAAUUCCUAGGCGAGGGUGCACGAGUCUUUGGCAUCGACAUAUCCCCGUUUCCCACCACCGCUGGUCUCACGGACUCACAACAGUCCCUGUUCGAGUUUCACCAAUGCAAUCUGGUAACUUCCGGAGCCAUACCUACUGCAGUCAGCUCUUGCAAGGCAAGAUUUGGCGACCGGAUUGACAUCCUAGUCAACGUGGCUGGCGUGAUAGACGGCUGGUCGAGCGUCGACACGACCACGGAUGAUGAAUGGAGCCGAGUCAUGGCUAUCAACUUGGAUGUGCCUGUUAAGCUGAUGCGUGAGGUUCUGCCCGCCAUGAAGCUGCAGAAGAGCGGUGCGAUUGUCAAUGUCUGCAGCAAAGCAAGCAUGAGCGGCGCGGCUGCUGGUGCAGCUUAUACGGCUAGUAAACAUGCUUUAGCAGGUGUUACCAAGAACGUGGCGUGGCGAUUCCGUCUGGAAGGCAUCAGAUGCAAUGCCGUGUGUCCAGGAGCCACCACGACCAACAUUGCGACAUCAAUGAAGAUGGAAUAUUUUGACCCCGCAGCUUUUGCGGUCUUUCAACCCAUUAUCCAGCUACACUGUGCAAGUGAUACAGCAGGAAUACCAACAACGCAUAUCAGCCCAGCGGAUAUUGCAAAUGGCAUCAGAUUCUUGGCCUCUGAUGAAUCAAAGAUGAUUAAUGGUGUUCUUUUGCCAAUUGAUACUGCAUGGUCCACUAUCUAG